UGAAAAGGGUUUAAAUAAAUCUACAUGAGGUAGAAAACCGCUGAAAUUUUAGUACUCCUAAAAACAACAUAAUUUUCCCAACAAAAAACUGAAAAAUCCCCCAUUGCUCAUUGAAACCCUAGAAAUGAUCAGCUCAGCGACGAAGCAUGCAUCGUCCAUCUUCAAUCGACCGAACUUUGCCCUGAAUCCACUAAAUUGGGAGUUGCAACAAUGGCGAGGCAUAAGAGUGAAGGUGAGGAACAACAAUCUAGACCAAGCACUUUUUUUUAUGCAGAAGAAAAUGCAGUCUAGCGGAAUGGAACGCCUGAUAAAGCGCGAACAGCUGCACCACAUCAAGAAUUCAGAGAAGCGUGUAUUGGCUCGUAAGAUCCUUGAACGUAAAAUCCGUUCUCAAGAAUUCGCUCGUAAGCUCAAAUCCAUCCUUAUCAAGAAAGUCAGGGGUUUGUAAAGGAGGAUUCCAGCAGAGUUUUCUUCACUAACUAUUCUGACUUGGCAGGAUGGUUGCCACAAUCAUCAUUUUCUUGCACCUCCCUAUGUGAACUACACCUUUAAGAAUAACUUUUUCCUUUUAUUGAUUUUCUAUUAGAUUUCUCAUAUACUUGAUGUAGAAAUUCGGCAGGUGUUGGUUGCUAGUUGGUGCACUUUUUUUUUUCUGGUUCUUUGGACCAAUGGUUAAUUUGAUAAAUAACUUUGCAAAGAGUGCUUAUGACAUACGGGGAAUGUACGAAUGCCCAUAAGGUUUCUUGAUUUAACAAAGCCAAAUCUGAUCAGGGACUCUUUGAUGCCAAAA